AUGCAACUCCUCUCCCUCGUGUUCCUGUUUUCUGCGUGUUGGUUAUUUCUUCGUGUUAUUUGGAUGGUGGGAGGAAGGCGAAUCCAACAGAAGUUACGAUGGAGACGAGGACUCUUUGUUACGGUUCUUCCAGUGGUCCUUCCUUCUCGAUUCAUCAUUCCUUCAGCGAUGAGUGGAGAGGAUUCUCUCGCCGUCGCUUCUGUUUGCCGUCAGACAAGUCACGCUGUGCACUAUGUCCAAGCUUUCCAAUCGUUCUCGGAGUGUCGAUAUCAAACGACGAGCUCAAACUCCCCAUCUGCGGUGAGACUUGAGCUCCACAAAACACUGUGGGCUGCUCCUAUUCUUCAAACCGGUGUCAGAUCUAGAAUCAUAACGGGUACAUAUCCGAAGUUCUUCGAUAUCCUUUCACUUCCUCCAUACGGUAUAGUGAUGCUUUUCUCCCUCCCGUUGAUACUAUUCGACGACAGUUCGCUUCUUCUCCGAUGA